AGUUGCCAAAGUUCACCAUCUUUGCUUUCCCUUCACUGCUCUCUCUCACUGCUCUCUCUCUCUCUUCUCUUUCUUGAUAUUGUUUUCCUCAAAUUGCAAAUCAAAGCUUUCUUUCCAGCUUUAGAACACACACACUCUCUCUCUCUCACUCUCUCACCAACAAAUCUCACCCAACUUUUUUUUUCUUCCCUCUUUUAACCCUUGCAGCUCCACUACUAAAAUCCUAAAAUCUACAAACCCUAACUCUCUCUCUUGAAUCCUCCUUACAUACAUUAUUCAAUAGUUGAGAGUAAAAAGUUUCAAUCUUUCUUCUGAUUCCUUGUUGGAAUUUACCUAAAACCGAGUUCUUCUCCUUUCUUUCUGGGGUUUUAUUUGGUGGGCUGGAGAGAAACUUCAAUUGCAAUUUUCAAUCAUUAAUUAAGCAGCAUAUAUGCUAAUUGCCUUGUCUUCUUUAUUUCACUUUCUCUUUGGUUUGCUUCAAAAUCAAAGCAAAGCGGAAACCUUUGUGCCGAAGAUAGAUAAUAAAUCGAAAAGGCAAGAACUUUAGUCGCCAACAUUCUAAGGUGGGAAUUGUGAAGUUGUGAGCAAAGGGGAAGACAAAUUGUGACCGUAUAUACAGAGGAAACCAAAGAUAUGUCUUCUGAGAGUUCUUUGAGUGCUGGAAUGUCUAAGAAAGUCUCGUUUUUAGGUUUGACGGGUAUGAAACUGUGGGUAUUGAUUUGUUUGGUAGUUUGUACAUUUGUAGUUUUGGUUCUCUGUAUCCUCUCUCUAUGGAUUGCAUUCCGACGAAAAUCACGGAGAUCAUCUCACAAGCUGUUACCUUUCAGUCAAAUACCACACGUGGCCAAAGAUAUCAGGGUUGAUGAUAGAGUUGGUGGGUUUCAAAAUCAUAAUGAAGAUUUGGGUUUCACAACUGCUGACAAAUCUAGUGACAGAAACUCGGGAAAGAUGAUGUCUUACUUGGGAAGAACCAAGUCUAGUGAUAAUGAUAGUAUAAGUCAAUGUAGCUCUGUGCAUCAUCAUGAAAGAGCUUGUAGUUCUCACUCCGGUGAAGAAGGAAGCUUUGGAAACGCUUGGAGACAAGCUUCCCUUUCGCAGGGUGGACUUGUAACAGCAUCUCCUUUGGUUGGUUUGCCAGAGAUAUCUCAUCUUGGUUGGGGACACUGGUUUACUCUUCGGGAUCUUCAGCUAGCCACCAACCGUUUUUCUCCUGAAAAUGUAAUCGGUGAGGGUGGUUAUGGAGUAGUUUAUAAGGGUAGACUCAUUAACGGUAAUGAUGUUGCUGUAAAGAAGCUUCUCAACAAUCUGGGACAGGCUGAGAAGGAGUUCCGGGUUGAAGUUGAGGCUAUUGGUCAUGUACGGCACAAGAACCUUGUAAGGCUUCUAGGAUAUUGCAUAGAGGGUGUUAAUAGGAUGCUUGUUUAUGAGUAUGUGAAUAGUGGUAACUUAGAACAAUGGUUACAUGGAGCCUUGGGGAAAGAUAGCACUCUCACUUGGGAGGCCCGCAUGAAGAUUCUUGUCGGUACUGCACAAGCGCUAGCCUAUUUGCAUGAAGCAAUAGAACCAAAAGUAGUCCACAGAGACAUUAAAGCAAGCAAUAUCCUGAUUGAUGAUGACUUCAGUGCAAAGCUUUCCGAUUUUGGGUUAGCUAAGCUCUUAGACUCGGGUGAGAGUCACAUUACAACUAGAGUCAUGGGAACCUUUGGCUAUGUAGCACCCGAAUAUGCCAAUACAGGUCUAUUGAAUGAGAAGAGCGACAUUUAUAGCUUUGGUGUCCUACUUCUAGAAACUAUAACUGGAAGAGAUCCAGUUGACUAUGAACGUCCAGCUAAUGAGGUGAAUCUGGUUGAAUGGCUAAAGAUGAUGGUUGGAACAAGAAGAGCUGAAGAAGUUGCUGAUCCAAGAAUUGAGCCCAAACCCGCUACACGUGCUCUGAAACGUGCACUUCUUGUUGCCCUGAGAUGUGUGGAUCCCGAAGCAGAGAAACGACCUAAAAUGAGCCAGGUUGUGCGGAUGCUUGAAUCCGAUGAGCACCCUUUUCGUGAGGAGCGAAGGAACAGAAGGAGUAGAACGGCGAGUAUGGAUAUUGUCGAGACCACAGAGGAAUCAGCUGACACAAGCAAACGGCCUGGUCACUCAGAGAACCACACUACAGAACCUGAGAAGACUCGUGUAUAGAAAUUAUGUCGCAGACCCAGUGAAAAACUCAGCUAAGUAACUUCACACCCUCAAAUGCUCUACUAAUUGAUGAUGCAUGAGUUUUUUUAUGCUUGUCAAGAAACAAAACAAAUCGGGUUAAAGAAGACUUCUAUCCCAGUUCAGAUCAAAAGAGCUGUUCCAGUUAUUUCUAACAUCCCUCCAGGUAUCUAAUGAUGCAAUCUUGGGAGCCAAUAUUUUUAUGAUUGAGGAGCAUUUGUCUCUUGAUCUCUGUGAUUUUUGGUUCUUCUACAGUCUUAGCCAGAGUACAUUUGUUGUUGUACUAUGAAUUGAAUUAAUAUGUCAUCCUCUCUCUCUUGAUUGGGACAUGUAUAUAAUCAUGUUGUGAGUCUUGUGACAGAUGUGAGAGCAUUACUGUUUUUGCAAGAAAGAAACGAAGAGGCCCUUCUUUAUCGUAGCUUUUGAUGUAUAAAUUAUUGUGUUAUCAUAUUUUUAUUCAAGAAUAUAUGAAACAAUUACAGUUUU